CCCCUCCGAACCCACACCACUUCGUAAAACAUUGAUCAACCACUCCAUCCCUUUACAACACCAUCAAAGAUUGUACCACGCAUCGAAUCGCGAUCAGGGUCGAGGCUGACGAGUUUCGGAAGAUUGACCUUCACCUUGGCCACUCACCAGUAAACAUCCACCGGCCCAGCCAUGAAGAUCUCAAGACUCCUUCCGUUCGUGGCAGUAUGGUCUCGUGCUCUUGCCUACAGCAUGUUCAGCAGCGCCUCAUCCGAGAAAAUGACCGACAAUGGUCGAAAUGAACUCGAAGAUGUCGCUUUCGACUUCAAUCCAGCUGAGCUGAUCGAUCCGAAGUCGCGUCGACCAAAGAUCUAUAUUAAUGCCAUCAUUGAGCUCAAGCGUCUGGAAGAAGAGCCUCUUUGCCACCGUAUGGCAGCUCAACUUCUAAUCAACAAUUGCCGUGGGCUUGAAAGCAUCGACGAGCACAAUUACGAUGCAAUGAAGAGCCACCUCCAGAGAUCCCACGUCGAAAGCUUCGCAUGUAGUCUUGCCAUUUGCGAUAUGGAACGAGCGAGAUCGCCAAUUCCGGAACAAUGCAGCCCAUAUGCAAGUUCGUCCCUCCUCCGAGCCGCUCGUGAUGCCAAUUCCAAGUUACAAGUGUCUCCCGAGCAAGUUGGGGACUGCCUCAACGCCCUCACCAACAAUCCCAAUCAUUGGAACACAUGGCUCAGUUACCGCGAUAGGGCGUUGCUGUUCUGUCGUGCUGCCCGCGUUGAUAUCGACAAAGAUAAUUCAAUUCAUCUGGCUAAGAAACUAACUGAAAUCUUGGAGGACUUCACCAAUGAUCUCCGAGUAGAUCUUGAUGAAUUGAAUCAAAAGAUUGCGCACAAUGGACGUGAAUUCGAUUCGUAUUUCGAGAAGAUGUCAAACCAUGUCGAGGACUGGGUGUCUAAGGUUCAAAGCAGCUUCGAAUCGGUUUCGGUGAAUGUUGAGACUGUCAAGUCGUCAAUAAAAUCGGUUGCCGAUACCUCAAAUGAUGCGGCCCAUAGGAUGGAAAAGAUUAUCAGCACAUUCUUGCAGGGGCAUGCGCAGAUGGCAGACGAGCAAGAGAAGGCUCUGGAAGUGACUACGAACAAGGUCCAAUCACGUAUGAAGGCCCUUGCCGACCUGGUUGGAGAGACUCACGAGGGUACAAUGGAGCUGAAGGCUACUUUGCAACUUCUCAUUCCCGUGGUCCUUGAUCUUUCCGCCCGCCAAGCAGACAUGGAAGAUAAAUCCGCGGCGAUGUUCUCUACCCUGGUCAAUGCUACUGAGCUCUUGCAGACGCAUACGCAGAAGCUGGCACAGGCACAGACCGCUGUCUCUGGGAUCCACGAGAAUCUGGACCGAGCUGCUGAGGCUGUCAAAUCAUGGACUGAGAACCUUCCAGCCGGUGGUGGGUGGUCAGAUUGGGGCUUACGCAUCGGUACUCCAUUGGCAACAUUGAUCCUUGGGAAUUAUGGCAUCACUCCCACAGUUACUAUGAACGCUGUGUUCUUGAUCUCUGGCUUGCUUGGUGGCGAGACUGUUGUUCAUCUCCGACGUCUGGGGCUAUCGUACAACUGGUCCUGGAUGUGGUGGCAAAGCAGCGACUCCGAGAGGCUAUAUCAUCCACACAUGCCUCAGGAGCAAGCCAAGUCAUCCCUGGUGACAACACCCAUCAAAUUCGAGACUGCUUCGACAUCCACCAGCACGGAUUCGAGCUUCCAGGACGUCCAUGUUGACAUGGCGUGACGAAUGUUCCAAGCAACGGUUAAACAUUCGGGACAAUUCACUACCAUACACAACAUCAUGAAGUCUUUAACCUUCUCGACAGAUUGGGGGAUUUCCUCACAAAAAAUAUUGCUAUUUCUGGCAAAGGUUACGAAUAUCGGGGCAUUUGCAUCUAGAGCUUUGCAAAUUAAAUGGGAUACUAUGAAGGAAUUGGAGGAGGUAAACGGGAUUAAUUGCUCUGGAAAGGUAUAAGCCAUUGGGUUGAAUCGGCCUCGAAAAAUGUGAUUUGCAUACGGCGGUUUGCAAGUAAUAACAUAAGAGGGCGGGACUGGAAGAAGGAAAAAAGGAGACCGCUUGGAAGACAUAUGAGAAAAGGGUUGAAGGAAUGAAGUGAAAGGGAACGGAAUGGAUAUGGGGAAUAUGUUUAUUGGGCUUGCAUUAGCGGAUUGCUCAUGCUGAUAUGCUAAUUGGG